AUGUCUUUCAACCACCACCAGCGCCUGCGCCUCACGCUCACCGACGGCGACGCGACGAUCGCGUGCAACGUCGCGCAGAAGCUGAACGUGACGCUGCGCGGCCUGGGCAUCGGCGGCGUCGUGCGCCUGACGAACUAUCUGCUGAACACGAUCAAGGGCGAGCAGGUCGUCAUCCUGCUCGGCGCCGAGCUCGUCGCGCCGCCGCGCGCCGUCGCGCCGCCGCGGCGGCCGCCGCGCGCCGUCGCGCCGCCGCCGCGUCGCGAGGUCGUGGCGACCGUCGCGCCGCCGCCGCCGCCGCCGCUGCCCGCGAUCGCCGAGGAGCCCGCGUCGCGGCCCGAGGCGCCGGCCGCCGCGGAGCCGGAGACGAACGAGGCGACGAUGGACGCGCCGCCGCCGGGCGUCUUCGUCACGUCGGGCUCCCGGAAGCUUGUGUGCCCGUCGGAUGCCGCGCUGAAGAAGGCGACGAAGCUGAUGAGCGACUCGGAGCCGGCGAAAGCCGCCGCGCCGACAAAAGCCGCCGCGCCGCCGGCCGAGCUGGACGCGCCGCCGGCGCCGCCGCCGGGCGUCUUCGUCACGUCGGGCUCGCGAAAGCUCGUGUGCCCGUCGGACGCGGCGCUCAAGAAGGCGACGAAGCUGAUGAGCGACUCGGAGCCGGCGAACGCCGCCGAGCCGGCGGCCGAGCCGGAGGCGCCGGCGCCGCCGCCGGGCGUCUUCGUCACGUCGGGCUCCCGGAAGCUCGUGUGCCCGUCGGACGCGGCGCUCAAGAAGGCGACGAAGCUGAUGAGCGACUCGGAGCCGGCGAAAGCCGCCGCGCCGGCGGCCGAGCUGGACGUGCCGCCGGCGCCGCCGCCGGGCGUCUUCGUCACGUCGGGCUCCCGGAAGCGCGUGUCGCCAUCGGACGCGGCGCUCGAGAAGGCCACGAAGCUCAUGAGCGACUCGGAGCCGGCGAAAGCCGCCGCGCCGACUGCCGAGCUGGACGCGCCGCCGGCGCCGCCGCCGGGCGUCUUCGUCACGUCGGGCUCCCGGAAGCUCGUGUGCCCGUCGGACGCGGCGCUCAAGAAGGCGACGAAGCUGAUGAGCGACUCGGGCCCGACGAAAGCCGCCGCGCCGGCGGCCGAGCUGGACGCGCCGCCGGCGCCGCCGCCGGGCGUCUUCGUCACGUCGGGCUCGCGAAAGCUCGUGUGCCCGUCGGACGCCGCGCUCAAGAAGGCGACGAAGCUGAUGAGCGACUCGGGCCCGGCGAAAGCCGCCGCGCCGCCGGCCGAGCCGGAGGCGCCGGCGCCGCCGCCGGGCGUCUUCGUCACGUCGGGCUCCCGGAAGCGCGUGUGUCCGUCGGACGCCGCGCUCGAGAAGGCGACGAAACUCAUGAAGGACGCCGGGGCGACGAAGGCGUCGAGACCCGCGGGGCCGAGGCCCAUCGUCGUGCCGCGGCCCGUGGCCGCGCCCGCCAAGCCGGCGGCGCCGGCGGCGGAGGUCGACGACGAGCCGCCCGCGGUCACGCCGGGCGUCUUCGUCACGUCGGGCUCGCGCAAGCUCGUCUGCCCGUCGGAGGCGGCGCUGAAGAAGGCGUCGAAGCUCAUGAACGACGCGCGGGCCGCGAAACCCGCGGCCGCGAAGCCCAAGGGCCCGAGACCCAUCCGCGUGCCGAAGCGCGUGGGCCCGCCGAAGCCCGCGCCCGCGCCGCAAGACGCGCCGCCGCCCGCGCCGCGGCCGCGGCCGCCCUGCGCGGCGGUCACGGCGAACGAGGCGCUGAAGCGGCGCAUCGAGGAGAACAAGGCCGCGGCGCUCGCGCGGAAGCGCUCGCGCCAGUCGCCCGCGCGGCCCGCGGCGGCGCCGCGGCCCGCGACGCCGCCGCCGCCGCCGCCGCCCGCGCCGCGCGCGCCGCGGCCGCGGCUCGGCCUCCUGCGCGGCGAGGCCGUCGACCGCGCGCUGGCCCUCGGCCGCGGCGACAUCCUCGAGAUCCACGGCAAGGCCGGCGCGGGCAAGUCGAACCUCGCGCACACGCUCGUCGCGCUCACGCUCGCGCGGACGGCGCCCGGCGCGAAGGUCCUCGUCGUCGAGACCAAGGGCCGGAGCGCCGCGCGCGCGUCGCUCGCCUUCCUCAAGGCCCGCGGCGGAAACGCGGACCGCGCGCGGGACCUGCUCGUGUCGUCGGCGCACGACGCGGAGGUGCUCCUCGCGACGCUCGCGCGCGACGCGCCCAAGGUCUGCGCGGCCCACGGCGUGUCGCUCCUCGUCGUCGACUGCCUCGCGGACGUCGUCCGCGCGCUGCCGCCCCGGGAGCGGCGCGCCGCGCUCGCGGACGCGCUCGCCGCCGUCGCCGCGCUGUCGCAGGCGCACGGCGUCCCCGCGGUGCUCACGAACCACGUCUCCGCGGACUUCUCCGACGGCGCCGACCCGAGCGCCGUCGUCGCCGCCGACGACGCGACCUUCGCCAAGGUCGCGACGGCGCGCCUGCGGCUCACGCGGAGCGCGGCCUCCGGCGAGCGGUCCGCGACGCUCGUCACGGGCGCGCGCGACGACUUCGGCGACCUGCCGUCGUCGCACUUCGCCGUCACCGCCGCGGGCGUCGCGGACGCGGGCGAGCCGGGGGACUGGAUGGCGGACGUGGGGUAA